CUUAAGCAGUGCGAGGUGUAACGUGUGUGUGCGCGCGAUCCUGACGUUUUUCGCCUUGAUCAGCGGUUGCGUAUUCGGUACGUGAUGCCGGCGGCGCACCUGACGCUGCGCGAGGAGGAUGUGGUACGACUAACCUUGGAGUUCCUCCACAGCCGCGACCUUCACAUCACGCAGCUCUCGUUGGAACGGGAGACAGGCGUAAUAAACGGUCAGUACAGCGACGAUGUCCUGUUCCUUCGUCAGCUGAUCCUCGACGGACAAUGGGACGACGUGCUGGAGUUCAUUCAGCCGUUGGAGGCGCUGCCGGAUUUCGAUAUGAGAAAGUUCACCUACUCGAUCCUCAGGCACAAGUACGUGGAGCUGCUGUGCAUCAAGUCAGAGGCGAACUUGAUCGCCGCCGGGACGAACGGAAGCGUCGACAACGCGGUCGAGGAGGUGGUGAAGGUUCUGAGCGACCUUGAGAAGGUCGCGCCAUCCAAAGAGGAGUACAGCAGCUUGUGCCUGUUGCUGACGCUUCCGCGACUCACGGACCACCUGCAGUAUAAGGACUGGAAUCCUAGCAAUGCCAGAGUUCAGUGCUUCCGCGAGGUACAUCCGUUGGUGGAGAAGUUUCUGCCUGGUGACAGAAAGAGCACCGACCCUGCUCAUCCGGUCACCUCGGCGAAGAACGAUCGGCUCAUACAGCUGAUAAUCAAGGGCAUUUUGUACGAGUCUUGCGUCAAUUACUGCCAGGCCAAAGCCACCGGCUCGGAGGAGAGCGAGCAGGUGGAAAUGAAUUUUUCCAGACUGUUAGACGGCUCCGUCGGUUUCAGUGAUUCCGACUUGAGCCUGCUCUCUUGGCUGCAAAGCAUACCGCCGCAAACGUUCGCCGUACCUUUCGCGCAACGAACGCUGAACGUGGACGUGGAGCGACUCGAGAGACCGUCGUUGGAGACCUCCUGGACGGAACACAUGUUGAUCACCCCCAUAAAGCCGAAGACCUUCCCGCAUAGCGCGAUGCCGUUCACCAGGCCGCGAUCCGCCGCUGACAUGAUGUCUCGCAGUUUAGUGCCGGCUUUAGAAGCUGGACUCGGACCAAGGAGUCCUGGACCUAAAAAUAUACCGAUACCAUCUGCGGCGCAAAUGGCUCUGUCCACCGGUGAUAUAAACCUGAUGUCAAGAUCGUCUUUCGCGAGCUUUCAUCUAACCGGUUUUAAGAAUAACAAAUUAAUGAACACUAGCGUGGACAGACUCUUUGAGAACGAGGGUGACGUCUUUCUUAGCUCGAGCUACGCCGAGUUCCAACAGCUGCCUUCCAUACAAGAAACAACGCCCAAUACCCAGCCGAAAGCACCACCGAGAACGAGAGCACAGUCGAAAAGUCCCGAGGGUAUGAAAGCAGACCCUUCUGCAGCCUCCACGCCAGAGCGUAGAGUCGCUGGCAGAGAAUCACCUGCCCCGUCGACAGCCAGAAGUUCCAGAAGAGACUCCUUGGCGGAAAAGCCAACAGGAGUCGCGGCGAAGAUCACGGAACCCACCCCGAUUCCUGUUCGAGCUUCUCUAGGCGGAGAACAUCUCGAGCAGAGUUACAACGGUGACCUGUUCAAAGAAUACCAAAAGCAAAAGCAAAGGCUGCAGGAGAAGUUUCAGCAGAGAGAAAGGGAAUGGGACGAUUUGGUCAGGCAAUUGUCUGCUCCGUUACCUCCUCAGGUGGUCGAUAACAGACUUCAGGGAGACGGCAUAAAGCAACCUUUGGGGAGCAAAGGACCUUCACCUGUUCACACGAGCAUGCCUGCCCGAUCUGGUAUCCAGUCACCGAAGCCUACGAUCAAUGGAUCUGAGCCUGUGGUGAGACAGAACUCGGUGGUGGGCAACACUUACGACGCUAGAGUACAGGAGAGUCAUUACGACGUCGUCAAGCCGAUAAAGCAGGAACCGAGGCAGGAGAUAGACACCAGCAACGGGAGCAGCAAUGGCGGACGACCGAGAUUCGUCCCUGUGACCGCGCUAGAGGACGUGCAGGCGGUACGAUGCGCGGAAUUCCACCCCCAUGGAAAAUUGUACGCCGUGGGAUCCAACUCGAAGACCCUGAGAAUAUGCUCUUAUCCAAAGCUUCACGAUGUCAGGGAGGAUCAUCAGACGUAUCAGCCCACGGUUCUCUUCAAGAGAACGAAGCACCACAAGGGCUCGAUAUAUUGCCUCGCGUGGACGCCGGACGGGCAGCUGAUGGCGACCGGAAGCAACGACAAGACUGUCAAGCUGAUGCGCUUCAACGCCGACACAUCGAAUCUCGAAGGCCAAGAAGUCGAGCUGACGAUGCACGACGGCACGGUCCGCGACCUGUGCUUCCUCGAGGACACCUCCAACAAGUCCAGUCUGUUGAUCAGCGGCGGGGCAGGCGACUGCAAGAUCUUCGUCACCGAUUGCGCCACUGGCACACCAUUCCAAGCUCUUAGUGGUCACAGUGGCCACGUGCUCACCCUCUACAACUGGGGUGGAGCGAUGUUCGUGAGCGGGUCGCAAGACAAGACUGUCAGAUUCUGGGAUCUUAGAACGAGAGGGUGCGUGAACAUGGUCACGCCAGCCACGGUACCUGGCAGCAGGCAUUUGAUCCCGUUGCAGGUCGGCAGCCCGGUAGCGGCGCUCUGCGUCGAUCCAUCCGGACGUCUCCUGGUAUCCGGUCACGAGGACAGCAGCUGCGUCCUCUUCGACAUCCGGGGCGGCAGAACCGUGCAGUGUUUCAAACCCCACGCCGCUGACAUCAGAAGCAUACGCUUCUCGCCUUCUGCAUACUACCUGCUCACCGGUGGUUACGAUAACAAGCUCGUUCUGACUGAUCUGCAAGGUGAUUUAACGAUGCCUCUGCCCAGCGUGGUCGUCGCGCAACAUCAGGACAAAGUAAUUUCCGGGCGAUGGCACCCGACGGAAUUCUCGUUCCUCAGUACUUCCGCUGACAAGACAGCGACUCUGUGGGCUCUGCCACCUGUGUAGAACCUGUGCUCAUGGCACACGUUUGUCGUUCAUUCGUUGCAUUAUUUUUUUUUUUUUUUUUUCUUUUCUCCUUUCCCCAAGAACAAUGACGCUUACCCUGUCACGAUCGUUCGUUCUUUUCUUGUUAUUUAAAUCGACAUUUUACCAGCACGUGGUUUUAUAAAGCAGAACAGAAUGCGAAACUAAAUUUCAUUUUUUAACCGUGAAACGUAAUUUAUUUUAAUUUAUUUUAUUAAUCCGAGAGAGAAACGCACGCAAGGGAAUAGGAAAUCGUUGCCGGAAACGAGAGAACGAGCGAUCGCGUUAUCGACGCGCGAGAGUACUAAAACAGGAAGAAAAGUUUCACGUGUUCGCGCAUAAUUCAACCAUGACCAAUUAAAAGCUUCCUGAAACACGUUGCGGCUUGCAGUCGAGCGUAAUCGAGACGCAGGCCGCGACGAUGCGUGCGAGAAACAAUUACAGCCACGCGGAGCAGUAUCGUUAACGUGUUACUAUGUAAACGUUACACGCUUCGAGAGCCUCGGAUGAGAAUGAGUGAAAGUGCAUUUUCGCGUACAGACGAUGUGUCGAACGUUCUAGGCGUUAAUCGUUUAUCGACGAGCCGUCGUCGCCUAGUAGGAAUCAUAAGACUGCGGAAGGAACCGACGAGAAAACUGAAUCCUUGGGGAUAUUUAAUACGUCGAGUCACGAUGGUGAAACGUGCAUCGUUCGCGAGUGAAACAUCGUAGCUUCUUCUUUUCCUUCUUUUUCUUUCGAAAGUAACACUUUUGAGAGUUAACGACACUGUCGCGAGCGUUCAGGUCGACCGUGUUUCUUUGUAGAUUCAUCGUGUAACGUUUGUCUCCCUUAUUUUCUAUGGAGUUUCUUCGCGGUCGUGUGUUUUGUCCCGGUGUACAUACGUUUAGCAUAGAGUUAGGAGCGAUGAUCGCGGGAGACGAAAAUCUUUCUCCCUAUACAAGUAAUCGCUCUUCGUAAUUUUUAGAUUCCGAAUGCUCUCUUUCUCCGUUACGCUAUUACCCUUCGUUGCAAAUACUUUUAGAAUUAUCUGCGAAUAAUAUUUGUGAAAUCCACCAGCGAUAUUGGUCGAUUAUUCCAUUCGUUUUUGUCUUUUCUUCUCUUUUUCUUUUCUUUUUUCGUUUCUUACGUGUUAAUCGUAUUCGCUGCGUAUUUGUCUCCUUUCCGUUGUUCUUCUUUCUUUGAAUCUCAUCGAACAAAGCGUUUCUUCCCACCAAAUCGUCGUCCCUGUCUUAUCGAUCCCCCGAAGUCACGCCAAAUAUUCUCAUAUUACGCAUAUAUUAUAAUGUAUAGAUACCUAUCUCAUAUUAAGAGGAUCAACAUAUACGUACGCUCAUUAUUAAUCGCUAUUUUUUACCAAGAGUAUAAAGACGAUAAACGAGAUUCUCUCUGAGCGUAUCGGGGAAAAAAGGAACAUAGAAACUCGAAAAGGAACCCGAAGUUCCGAUACGUCGCGAUAAACUUAGCACGAUAAGCGUUAACGGCGAGGAAGCCUAGGUUUUACGUUUUCGCUUGUCGCAAUCGCCAAAGCUGUGUCGAUGUAGCCCCGGAAAAUGGGGGAAGAGGGAGAAAAUCUCGCGCUGCUCGAGAUACCAGCGAACGAGUCGCAUUUUUCUUGUACAUACGCACGUUUCUUCGAGCUAUUCGCCUGAUCAGCGCAAGCGUGAUCGUGUCUCUCCUUUUGUUUCCAUUCGCAACGAACGUAACGAGGCGACAAGCACG